AUGGAAGCAGAAAACCACACAAGAGGAACACAAUUCAUUCUCCUGGGUCUCUCAGAUGACCCUGAACUGCAGUCCAUCCUCUUUGGGCUAUUCCUGUCCAUAUACCUGGUGACAGUGCUUGGGAACCUGCUCAUCAUCCUGGCUGUUGGUUCUGACUCUCACCUCCACAACCCCAUGUACUUCUUCCUCUCCAACCUGUCCUUUGUUGACAUCUGUUUUACCUCCACCACAGUUCCUAAGAUGCUGGAUAACAUUCACAUACACAACAAAGAUAUUUCUUACAGACAGUGCCUCACUCAGGUAUAUUUAUUUAUGAUCUUUGUUGGAAUGGAUAAUUUCCUACUGACUUUAAUGGCAUAUGAUCGCUAUGUGGCCAUCUGUCACCCCCUAAACUACACAGUCAUCAUGAACCCUCACUUCUGUGGCCUCCUAGUCCUUCUGUCCUGGCUCAUCAUGUUCUGUGUGUCCAUGCUCCACCUUCUACUGAUGAUGCGACUGACCUUCUCUGUAGGAACUGAAAUCCCACAUUUCUUCUGUGAAUUAGCUCAGGUUCUCAAGGUGGCCAGUUCCAAUACCCUCAUCAAUACCAUCUGUAUGUAUGUGGCUACUGCCCUGCUGUGUGUGUUUCCUGUGACUGGAAUUCUCUUCUCCUACUCUCAGAUUGUCUCCUCCUUACUGAGAAUGUCCUCCAUUGUGAGCAAGUAUAAGGCAUUUUCCACCUGUGGGUCUCACCUCUGUGUGGUCUGCUUGUUCUAUGGAACAGCACUUAGCGUUUAUCUCAGUUCCACUGUGACUGAUUCUUCCCGGGGAAGCAUGAUUGCCUCUGUGAUGUACACUGUGGUCACCCCCAUGCUGAACCCCUUCAUAUACAGCCUGAGGAACAAGGACAUGAAGAGAGCUCUGGGAAGACUCCUCAGCCAGAGAAGCCUCUUGUCCUUGAUGGAUCAGUAA